AGUGAUUUUUGAAUUAUCGCUCGGAUAACACUCGUGUGUUCAACGUUUUGGUACUUAAAAAUGCGAUUGAAAAUCAACGCACUUGUUAUACUAACGCUACUGCCCUGCAUUCUUUCCACAUCGAUAUACUCAUUUACCAGCAGAGAAACUUCAACAUGCGAAGACCGUCAAUCUUCCGGCCUAAUUUGCCAAAGCUGUGAUCUAAUUGCUACUUGCGUCAAAGUCAAUAACAUUUGGAUGACGGUGCCGGUUGAACGAUGCGAUGUUGAUGAAGGAUUUUAUUGCAAUCUGAAUGCUCAAGGCUGUUCAAAUGCCACCGGGCCAUGUCAUCCGAUUGGCUUUGAGGGAAAUUUUGCCUGUACAUCAGAGGGUGUUUAUCCGGAUCCAUAUGAUUGCCAAAAAUAUCACAUGUGCUACAAAGCCGGAAGUACGUUAGUAUCAGCGAAUAUUGAUUGCGGUGCUGAUAAGGCAUUCUCUGCAGCAACCGGUGACUGUUCGCUGUACAUAAACAGUACCACAUGCAUCAGCCGACAGUACGAUUGCUCAAAUGUUGGGGAUAGUAAAUCAUGGCCGGGAAAUCUGAAUAUCUUUUAUAUUUGCAAAGCGAGAAUUGACAACAGUGAAAGGAUUUUAUAUCCAACAUUGUAUCGUUGUGCUAGUGGAGAAGUAUUUAACGGACGGAAUUGUGUUCAGAGAAGUGAUUAUACGGGACAGAUUGACAGUGGAUCGAAUAAUAAUAAUGGUGAUAAUUUGCCGUUUGUAUGCACGAAGCCCGGACUGUUUCCGGUGCCGAACAAUUGUCAAUCAUAUUAUUUCUGUAAUGCAUUUUUGCGAUUGAAAAUGUACAACUGUCCAUUCAAUACUCACUUUGAUGCCAAUGCAAAGUCUUGUUUAAGAGGAGCAUGUUUAAAUCGAUAGUUUACAAUCCGUUCAUAGUUAGACAUUUUCAUUAUUUAUUUCAAUUUAAUGCUUUUCUUAAUUUAUGUGCUGUCCUAGAUUUAAUAAUAAAAAAAUAUUG